AGCUGGACCCUGCCGAGGGCUGGGUAAAGGACCGAGAGAGUGGUUGUCUGAGGAACUGGUGACUGAUUCGGGGAAACUCCAGGCGGAGCUCGCCAGAAUCCAGGGGGAAACAGGAAGAGUAGGGGAUGGAGGGCGGACGGUUCGCUCAGAGCGGAGGGGAGACAGCGCGGGUCUGCGGGCGGAGCGGCACGUGCGAGUGCGGGCUCUGUAGAGACGCGACGUCUCCGGCUUUGCUUUUCUAGGCCACUGCCCACUCUCCAUAAGGCAGACAUGACUAAUUUUCAGGGUAUCCCGUUACCAAACCAGAUGUGAUCACCUGUUUGGAGAAGGGAGGACUUCAGAUCAUAGAGAAAUUCCAAGUUUGAGUUAUACAGGGCCCGAACCACCUCAACCCCAAAUCAGGACAACCUCCCCCUUCCAUUCCACAUGGAGCUAAGUUUCCCGUUUUCUGAGUCCCCGAAACCUUCGGCCUCUAUUCUCGGGGAGGUAUAGGACUUCUGAGCGCUCUUGACCUGGACAAAAUCUCCAUGUAGUCGCACAGUGACCUGCGCUAAGGGUUCAUACGCACUCCUCAGGCCCCUCCUUAGGCGCCCCCCGCCUCUCCCCGUGCCCCUCUCCCCUUGCCCGCGCCCCAGGGUAGGGGCCUGAUGUGAAUGCUUCAGCCGAAGUGAAUCUGCACCCGAAGGCUUCCUUCUGGCUCCUGGGCAAGCCGGCCCCAGUGAGGAUUAACUUUGGCAUUCAUAAAGUCGACGCUGAGAUGAAGGUACUUACAGAGGAAUUGUGAUGCAUUAGAGUACAUUAUUUCAUUAAGGAAAAUGCCUGGAAAUACUAUUUCUGGGUCAGUACAUAAGUGUAUACAGAAAAAACCCUUUUGUGUUAGAUGCUCAUGUUUGGAAAAGAAUCAAGAAUACACAGGUGGUUGUUAAAAACCACACGGUUGCCCACACUUCCACAGAGUGGCCUCAUGCCCAGCUUAUGGGAGGGAAUUCUUGGGCAGAUAAUUCUAGGCAGAUAGUCCCGUUGGAUUCUCUCAUACUCUGUAUACUUCUCCGUUCUUACAGCUCAGCCUUCGCACAUCUCUGCCUUUUCCCAAGAACAGAAAAUGGCCAAACCCCAGGGCCUCGUGACAUUCGAGGAUGUGGCUGUGGAUUUCACCCCGGAGGAGUGGCAGUACUUGAACCCUCCACAGAAGACUCUGUAUCGAGAAGUGAUGCUGGAGACGUACAGCAACCUGGUCUCUGUGGCAGGACCGCAGGGGACCAAACCAGACCUCAUCCUCAAGUUGGAGGUCAAAGAGCCAUGCCUGGGAGAAACAAAAAUCUCCUUCUGGAGCUUUCCAGAAGCAGUCUGUCAAAUUGGUGAACAGAUUGAGAGACAGCACCAGGAUGACCAAGAUAGGUAUCUGUUGAUGCAAGUUGGAUUCCCUGACAAGAAAACAAUUAUCACCAAGACUGGCCAUGACUAUAAUGAAUUUGGAAACGCCUUUCAUCUGGAUACAAACCUUGUUGCUUCAAUCCAAAGGUCCCAUAAAUAUGAGCCAUUUGGAAAUAAUAUGGUAGAUAGUUUAGACUUAUUUACCAGAAGCUCUGUAGGAAAGAAACAUGAUAGUGGAUGUGCAAAGUUAUUCUUCCAUACGGAGUAUGAGAAAACAACUCCUGGAGUAAAGCCCCAUGGAUAUAAAGAGUGUGGGAAGGCCCUCAGGCGGAAGAAAGGGCUCAGUCUACAAGAGAGAAUUAAAAAUGGAGAGAAACCCUUCGAAUGCACCGCGUGUAGGAAAACCUUCAGUAAGAAGUCACACCUCAUUGUACAUUGGAGAACUCAUACCGGAGAGAAACCCUUUGGAUGUACUGAAUGUGGAAAAGCCUUUAGCCAAAAAUCUCAGCUCAUUAUACACUUGAGAAGUCAUACAGGAGAGCGACCUUUUGAGUGCCCAGAAUGUGGAAAAGCCUUCAGAGAAAAGUCAACCGUCAUCAUACAUUACAGAACUCACACAGGAGAGAAACCUUAUGAGUGUAAUGAAUGUGGAAAAGCCUUCACUCAGAAGUCAAACCUCAUUGUCCAUCAGAAAACGCACACGGGCGAGAAAACUUAUGAAUGCACUAAAUGUGGGGAAUCUUUCAUACAGAAGCUUGAUCUAAUUAUACAUCACAGUACUCAUACAGGAAAGAAACCCCAUGAAUGUAACGAGUGUAAGAAAACUUUCAGUGAUAAGUCAACUCUUGUUAUACAUCAAAGAACUCAUACAGGGGAGAAACCUCAUAAAUGUGCUGAAUGCGGGAAGUCUUUCAAUGAGAAGUCAACCCUCAUCGUGCAUCAGCGAACUCAUACAGGAGAGAAACCCUAUGAAUGUGAUGUGUGCGGGAAAACCUUCACCCAAAAGUCCAACCUUGGUGUACAUCAGCGAACUCAUUCAGGAGAAAAGCCUUUUGAAUGUAAUGAAUGUGAGAAAGCAUUCUCUCAGAAAUCCUAUCUCAUGCUCCACCAGAGGGGUCACACAGGAGAGAAGCCCUAUGAAUGCAGUGAAUGUGAAAAGGCAUUUUCCCAGAAAUCAUACCUCAUUAUACAUCAAAGAACCCAUACAGAAGAAAAACCCUAUAAAUGUAAUGAAUGUGGCAAAGCCUUCAGAGAAAAGUCCAAGCUCAUUAUACAUCAGAGAAUUCACACAGGAGAGAAACCCUAUGAAUGUCCCGUAUGUUGGAAAGCUUUCAGCCAAAAGUCCCAGCUCAUAAUACAUCAGCGAACACACACAGGAGAGAAACCCUAUGCAUGUUCUGAGUGUGGCAAAGCCUUCAGAGAAAAAUCCACAUUCACUGUACACCAGAGAACUCAUACGGGAGAGAAACCCUAUAAGUGUGCAGAAUGUGGGAAGGCUUUUACCCAAAAAUCAAACCUGAUUGUACAUCAGAGAACACACACGGGAAAGAAAGCCCACGUGAAGGGCCAUAGCCGGAAGUCAAAGCUCAUCACACAUUAACGAGUAGAUCCAAGGUGCCUGUUAAGGUUCACUGAGGGAAAGUUUUGUCUAAUUAACGUUUUAAAGGUACGUUCUGAUUUCUGGUUUAAAUAUGGGAUUAAAAGGCUCUUUUCAUCUCAGUCUUCACCCAGACACUACAAGGAGGAAAAGAGGAAGUGUAAUCUGUGUAUCUGCCACAAGGAGGAGAUAGCCGAAACCCUGCCAGCGCAGCCAGGGGCCGAGGGGACCACGCGCCAGUGCAGGAGAUGUCGAAGCAAACACUCAAGGCUGCACACGUGGGGCCGCACUGGUGAGGUUCAGGACAUCCCCCAAGUGCAAGGCCAACUACAUUCACCACGGUAACAGAGGGCAUUGACAGGUGGGAGUUAGGAUGUCUCCUAGACCCAUUUGGGGUCUGAGGAGAGGCUGGCAGAGGCCUUGACAAGAGAUCACUCAGACAAGCCAUAUCUGUAGAAAGUAGUCUGCAAUCAUGAGAGGAGCACUUGACAGGGGCUGGAGCAGGAGAAGGGGGUGUUCCUUGUGAAGAGCCCUACAGCUGCCCCGGUUUACGGACUCUGGAGAAGUCAAACCUAAAAGAAAUACCAAAUGGGGGGGAACAAUUUUAAGAAAAACUUUUACCUGCCUAGAAUGUGGUCCCCGUUUCUUACCCCACAUGAACCUCUGGGGAACAGCAAGUCCAGGCAAAACUCUUACUCAAAUAAUGAUUCCAAAGUAAUGAAAACCACAGAGGCAAUGGCUUUCGAGCCUACAGUUCCACUUCUAGGAAUGUAUAUACUCACGUAUGUACGAAAUGAUGACCAUGCAGAGAUCUUCACAGGCACACUGAAAACAAAAGGUUGGAAGCUGUCUAGGUGACAGGGGUCUAGAUCCCGAAAUCAUGGUAUGUUCAUACAGCAAACCUCCUAGGUAGACAAAAUGAAAAAAAAAUUUGUGUGUGUGCGUGUGUGUGUGUGUGUGCAUAUAUAUAUAUAUGUAGAAAUAUAUAAAAAUUUAUAUAUAUACAUAUAUAUAAAGAGAACUUGGACAUCAUCUGUGUAGUGAUGUGGGAUGAUCUCCAACACGAUUAGGUGCAAAAAGCAAGGUGCAGGAUCAUGAAUAUACUAUGCUACCAUUUGCAUAUAAAAACAAAUUGUAAGUAUGUAAUUGAGCAUAUAUGCAUCAACUCUCUCUGGGAAGAUACAUGAGAAGCUGCGAACCCUGAUUACCUCUGGGAAAGGGCAGGGGAAGUGGAUGGCUGGGGGAAUGGAAUUGGGAGGGAGACACCUCUGUGUCCUUUCAUAACUUUUGAAAAUUGUGCUCUGUGGCUGUACUACCUUUUCAAUAAAUAAAACUUUUUAAAAUGAA